AUCAUCUCCUCCCUCCCUCCCUCCCUCCCUCCCUCCCUCUCUCUCUGUCUAGAUAUCGACCUCGUCGGAAAUGGCCCAGAGGACGGAGAAGGAGGAGACGGAGUUCAAGGUGCCCGAGGCCCUGACCCUCUGCAUCAACAACUGCGGCCUCGCCGGUAAUCCCGCCACCAACAACAUGUGCCAGAAAUGUUUCAACGCCACCUCCUCCUCCUCCUCCUCCGCCCCCACCGCCUCCUCCUCCGCCGCCGCCGUCCUCACCGGCGGCACCUCGGUCCUCAAGUUCUCCGCCGAGAAGAUCCACAGAUCGGGCUCCUCCAGGUCGCCCGACCGAUCUGGUCUCGCGACGGGGACGAGCAGGAGGGAGACGUCCGCCUCGCCUCCCUUGACCGAGUCAAACGCCAGGAGGGAGGUGAACCGCUGCUCCGGGUGCCGGCGGAAGGUGGGCCUCACCGGGUUCCGGUGCCGGUGCGGCGAGCUCUUCUGCGCGGAGCACCGGUACUCCGAUCGGCACGACUGCAGCUACGACUACAAGGCGGCCGGACGGGAGGCGAUCGCGAGGGAAAACCCGGUGGUCAAGGCCGCGAAGAUCGUCAGAGUCUGAUGAUCGAUCCGGAGGAGGGAAUCCAAAAAAAAGGAAAGGACGGAGGAGCCGAAGGAAAGAAAACCCCGAAAUUCUGAGGAGAUCGAGACCCGGAUCUCGCUUUUGCUUUCUCGAACAAAACGGUUGACGGAUAGCGCGUUCGGACGGAAGGUGGAGAAGGAAGGAAGGAAGGGGGGGACGUGAAGGAAUCCUAUACCAGAUCUGAAGAUAUCGAAGAUCAAACCCAAAAUCGCUUUGUUCUCGUUGUUCUUGCCAAUCUCUGAUUGUCCCUUUUUCUUUUCCAUUUUAAUUUUUUUUUUCCCUUGUGAUUUUUAGCUUUUCUUCUUCUUCUUCUUCUUCUUCUUUAUAUUUCAAAUCAUCCUCCUGGGGAAACGAAAAUUAAAUAGAUUAUUGUGGUUUGCGAUGCU